AAUAAGGAAACGAUCGAAAAGUAAGAGGAAAAAACAAUAAAGAAUAAAGAAGUGAAGUGGGUACUGAAAACGAGGAAUAAAAAGCGUGAAUUUAGAAAGUUCUGGAUUGCAAUUUGCACAAGUGUUUCCUUUUAUUUUUCAACAGUAAAUCAUCAAAUCGAAUCAAACACUUUAUAUAUAGGGUUGCAUAGAUUUUCAAUCUUUUGAUCUAUUCGCACUCCACUAACCAGGUUGAUGCAAUCUUCAAAAUCUCAGAAUUAACAAUCACAGGAUUUUUUUUGAUAAGCAAGAACUUGAAUUUCGAAAAUGCCAAAAAUUAGAAGAGCUCGGUCCCAAUCUAUUGAUUGCACUAGGUCGCAUCCUUACCCUUCCAACUCCAAAAACGAUGAGCUACAUAAACCCAAGAAUUUGGUGGGAUCAGUUGAUGACGUGAAAGAAUGGGAGGAUGCUACGUGUCCUAUUUGCAUGGAAUCUCCACACAACGCCGUUCUUCUGAAAUGUUCUUCCCAUGAGAUGGGUUGCCGUCCUUAUAUGUGUAAUACCAGUUACCGGCACUCCAACUGCCUUGACCAGUUUUGCAAGUCAUUUGGUUCUCAUCUCUCAUCAACAAUACUGCAAGAAAUCCCUCUCACAAGCACAACCUCUAACAGUAGGGAUGCUCAAUUAGAGCCUAGACACUCCUCAGAAUAUGGGAGCCAAUUGCAGGCAAAGCUCAUCUGCCCUCUUUGCCGGGGAGAGAUAUUUGGAUAUAUGGUCUUGGAGCCUGCUCGUAGGCACAUGAAUUCUAAACCAAGGAGUUGCGCUUCUGAGACUUGCGAAUUCCAAGGAACAUAUGCAGAACUCCGGAAGCAUGCUAGGUCUGAGCAUCCAUCCGUCCGACCAUCUGAGGUGGAUCCCUCGCGACAAAGUGAUUGGACGAGGAUGGAACGGGAAAGGGACUUAGAAGAUCUUUUUAGCUCAAUUCAUGCAAGACCUGAUGUUGAUAACAGAGACACAAUGUUGACUGGGGAUCUUGCUGAUUUAAUGUCCUUUUUCUUGUAUGAAAUAUUUUCUUCUAUUGAAGAUGCUAACAGGAUGGCUAGUUUGAUGUCGAGUAAUAGACAUAGAAUGCCAUUACAUGAUAGAAGGUCUGGAACAAUGCAGAGGAUACCAAAUGGUACACAGACAAGUCAAUCGGCUAGAUGGAGAUCCAAUUUACCUUUAGCACAUCAACCAGAGAGAACUCAGAGAGGAAGAAAUAUAUCAUCAUCCCGUGCUGUGCAGGCGAACCGUCCUGCUAGAUGGAGAACAAACUUAUCGCUGUCAUCAAGGAUGCCUCGUGAAGCUCACCAGUAUUAUAGAGAGGUGAGCCCAGGGUUGAGGAUGACAUCUUCAACAAGGAUGUCUCGAUCAGGAAUUUCUAGAACUACUCCGGAAAACACACCUUCAUUUGGAAGAAAUUCGUCAUCUGGAAGGACUGCUGCACAUCAUCUACGAUGGCGUGACCAAGGAUGGUCGUCGUCAUAGGAUAGGCAAUAAGGCUUUAAAUAAUGCAGUCUCUGGAACAAUUUAUUUGGUGAUUAUCAUUUAAUUUAAUUCCUUCAAGGAAAUCUUUUACAUUUUUUUCUUGUUUUGUUUUCUAAGAGAAUUGCAUCACUAAUA